UUCAGGAUGGUCUUCUGAAUCAAAGACCAGCUCUGGAGGAGGUAGGAGAGGAGACUUAAGCUCAGGCCCCUGGCUACCCCCACUCCAGUCUGUAUGGGGCUGGAAGAGAGCCUAACCUCAAGGUACUGGAGCAGAAAGCACAGGAAACCCAGAAGCCUGUCAUACUAGACAGCCUGCGUCCUGCAAAGGGUUUGGGGGUCAAAUCUCUUAAUGCCAGUGGGCUCUGGCCUGAGGCCAUCUCAGAAAGCAGGGCAUGUGAGCUCUGCUGAAAGCAUGGCAAGUAGAACCCUUGCCCUGUGUGAGGUGACGCUUGGUUGCCAGGUGACUGUCCCUGGGCAGCCACCCUGUCAGAAGGAAAGCCUCUGCUUGUUGUGCUCAUCCCUCAGCUGUGACCACCCUGGUACUGCUCUCUCCCUGCCGCCAUGUCGCGGCAACUCAACAUGGGCACACUGCGGCAAAACUUCUGGAAGGAGGAGUAUCUGAGGGAGAAAAUGUUGCGCUGUGAAUGGCAUCGCAAGAAUGGGUCGUUGGUGAAGGCCAAGCAGAAGGCUAAGGCUGCAGCCCGCCUACCCCUCAAACUGCCCACCCUGCACCCCAAAGCCCCACUCUCACCCCCACCUGCCCCCAAAGUAGUUCCUUCCAAGGCCCCCAGCCCUGUCCUGGAAGCUCCUAUUCAGUCAGAAAUGUACCCAGUACCGCCUGCCACCCGGGCCCUGCUGUAUGAAGGCAUCUCCCAUGACUCUCAGGGCCGCUACCGCUACCUCAACACCCGAAAAUUGGACAGGCCAGAGAUGCGCUACCUCUUCCCCGUCACCACCAACUUCACAUACGGCUGGCAGCUAGGCCCCCUAAAAAAGCAAGAACUGAUGUCCUGCAAGAUGUGCCGCAUUGAUUCAUUCUUCCGCAAGAAUGGGGCCUUCGCACUGCUUGACCCCCGGGACCUGGCCCUCUGACCUUGCACGUGGCAGGACAGGUGGGCUCAGGGAAGGCAAGAAGAAAUGACCUGCCUCCUGGCCGGGCAAAGCUCCUCUGCAAGUCUGGCUCUCCGAGCCCCUGAGGCUGCAUUCUGAGCCUUUCUGAAAACGACCUCUGACCUGCUCUUGCUAACCUCCAGGUUGCCCUCUUGCUUUUUCCUUAACCCUCAUCUCCUCAAUGAUCCGUUUGAUGAUCCAGUAAUGACCAGAAGGGGGCUAGGAAACAUGAGCUCUACUCCCCAGGCGCAGGCUCCUCAGCACCAGGGGACCACAGCAGUUCCUGAAAGUUCUGGGUGUUCCUGGGGAGAGAGAAACCUGUCAACCCAGAUGCCAGGGAAGAGGACCACUUCUCCCAACCUCCCUGUCGCCCCCUCACCUGGCCCUGAGGGCCUGCAGGCGCCGUGUCCUCUCGCCCGUGCACUUGUAAUAGCUUCUGCCGCAGCGCGCGCCGCUGCCCAGCCGCGUCCACCUGGGGCGGUGCAGAGCGCUGAGCGCCCUCGCCCCCCACCCCGGGACUUGACGGAGACAGCAGGGGGCAGCACCCGGGCAGACCCGCGCCUCUCG